GCACCCGCACGCGCUCUCAGCCGGUGUCAGUGUGUCGGUCGGCUGUGUCUCGCGCGCUGGGAGCUCGUGGAUGCCAGCCGGAGUCAGUAAAGGUGGAUCAGUAAAUCUUGUUUUUCGGUAUAUUUGGACGUUUUGUGACGGAGGUUGUUGUGACGGAGGUUGUUCCGCGGGGCUGGAGCUGCUCUCUCCGCUCUCUCAUCUGUCGACCUCCAGUGACCUCGGAUGACCCCGAAGCGAUGACCCGCCUUCGCCAACGCCACCACACCCGCCGCCAUGUUCACCCGUCACCUCGGUGAACGCCACGCCAAACCACUCCCGCUCUGCUCCCGUCCAAUCAGCCGCAGGGAUGCACGUGAUGGGCAGCGUCUCCCCGGCCAAUGAGAGGGAGGGAUUCUACCUGCAGGAGGCCACGCCCCCUCCAGCGCCACCCCCCCCACCGCCACCUCUCCCUCCCCCUCCUCCUCCCCCUAUGCCGCCCCUGCUCCCCGGGCUAGGAGACCCUGUAGGAGGCCUGAGGAAGAAGAAGAGGGUAAGGAGCUUCUUCUGGAAGACGAUCCCCGAGGACCAGGUGAAGGGGCGGGCCAACCUGUGGACUCAGGGUCGUGUGCAGCAGCAGUACCAGAUCGACGUUCAGACCAUCGAGGAGCUGUUUGGUCAAUCCAACGAUAAGGCCACGCCCACCAGGGGGAAGACCAGGAGCUCCUUCAGAGACGCCAAAGAGGAGGUCUCCAUUCUUGACGCUAAGCGAGGGAUGAACAUCAGUAUUUUCCUGAAACAGUUCAAAAGGUCCAAUCAGACGAUCGUUGACGACAUUCAGCUCGGACACAGUGAGACGUUCGGAGCAGAACCUCUGAGAGAACUGAUGAAACUACUGCCAGAGACAGAGGAGGUGAAGAAGUUAAAGUGUUACCGUGGUGACGUCUCUAAACUCUCAUUGGCUGAUUCCUUCGUCUACCUGCUGGUUCAGCUGCCCAGUUACUCUGUGCGUAUCGAGUCGAUGCUGCUGAAAGAAGAGUUCCCUGCAGCGUGUGAUGUCAUGAGACGAGACAUCAACAUCCUCCGCGCCGCCACCAAAGAGUUAAUGGGUUGUGAGGAGCUUCAUGCUGUUCUUCAUCUGGUGCUGCAGGCUGGAAACAUCCUCAACGCUGGAGGUUAUGCAGGAAAUGCAGUGGGCUUCAAGCUGUCGUCCCUGCUGUCUCUGGCUGACACCAAGGCCAACAAGCCGGGCAUGAACCUGCUGCACUUCGUCGCUCUGGAAGCUCAGAAAAAAGACACAAAGCUUUUGGAGUUUCCGCUGAAGUUGAUUCACAUCCAGCCUGCAGCGAGGAUCUCCGUGGAGACGCUGGACUCUGACCUGACGUGGCUGACGACUCGAACCAGAUCAGUGGAGGAAAACGUCCAGAGAGACACGGAGCUGCUGCAGCAGCUAGACAGCUUCCUGCAGGCGGCGACGUCGUCUCUGUGCUCGCUGCGCGUCAGUCGGCAGCAGCUGAAGAAGGAAGGCAGCGAGCUGAUCGACUUCUUCUGUGAAGACAGAGAGACGUUCAGGCUGGACGACUGCUUCAGCAUCUUCAAAGACUUCUGCAACAGAUUCACACACGCCGUCAAGGAGAACACGGAGAGGGAGGCGAAGGAGGCGUCGCGGCGCCGGCGUAUCCAGGAGCUGGAGGAGCAGAAGAGACACUCGUGGGCCGGUGGCGAGGAGGUGGGCGGAGCCUUUGGGUUGCGCUACAGCAGCGAGACGGACGUGUCGACGGCGGCGUCACGAUGCGACGACGCCGGGCUGCUGGUGGAGCUGCUGACCCCAAAGUGCCGUCCUCGCUCGCCCCUCAACAGUCUGGGACGAUCGGGGAGUUUAAGGCGAUCCCGAAACUCUCCGUCCAGCUCGCCGUUUCUCUCCGCAGACCGGGAGCUGAGCACGCUCCUCCUGGGGAAGGCGACCCCCGACCACAAAGAGGCGAGGACGGCUUCCCUAUCAGCCUCGCCCGAACUCAGAAGUCCCAGACUCUCCCCGAACACUCCGAGUCCGAGACUAACGUUCAGCUUCCCGCAAAACCAGCAGCCUCAAACGCCCUCGCCGCCUCCCAAGACUCCUUUGAGCGCACAAAACCAUGCAACCGCCACGUACCUCAGCUGUGACGCCAACGAGACUCGAGCAAGCGCCGUCAAUCCCACAAACAAAGUUACAGUCCAAACUACCUCCGCUUCGAACCAGCAAUCCGACCACAACAACAACAACGGCGAAGAUCGACUCGGCCUUUCAGACCGCCAGUCUGGUCCGAGGGAACUCCAAUCCGCUCAGAUCGUCUGCAGAGACGAGAAGUUUGAACGCGACUCUUCUUCUGCAGGAAACAUGUCCGUGGUUUUAGAGAAGUGCAGGUUGGUGCCUGAGCUGAAGGUGUUCGACACCAGCAGGACCGACCGCCACGGACACCAGCAGGACGAUUUGACGAUCACAGAUUUGGAAGAAGAGCAAGCGGACAACAAUCAGUCCCAGAUUGGAAAUACGAACUCUUCCUCGCCACAAAGAGAGGACGAGGACGCACCAGAGGACAAGGUGGUUGUUUGGUGUGUAACUGGCGUGUGCGAGGCAGCCGGCGAGCUCACGCACGCCGACGACACGCAAGCACAAACCGAACACAAUCAGAGUGACAAUCAAGGAGGAAGCCAGCAAGCUUCCGCCGCCCCAGCCAAUCGCACGCCUUCAGAACCUCAGCCGGCCAAUGAGAAGCCAGUGCCUGUACCCAUCAGCAGCCAACCGGUGCCUGUGUCCCGCUGCGACGACCCCGACUCGUCCCCCAGGUGGCGCCCGGCGGAGCCCGCGUGCACCAAUGAAGCGCCUGCUCUCACCGCAGAUGCCUCUGAGGAAGCCGAAGUAACAGCCAAUCAGGAGGAGGAGGAGAAAGUGGACGGCGCCACUGUUGAGAAGAGAGAAACAGAGGCGGCGCCAGAACAAUCAAGAGUCGUCGCAACCAAUGAAAACUCAGAAGCAGCUUCUCCCAUGAACAUGAAGGAAAAAUCGUCAUCCAAACCGUCCACCAAGAACCUCCCUACCUCUAAAACUCGAUCUGCUUCGGCGAAACCUGCGACCCAAAACACCGCCAACAAGUACAAACCCGUCCGGACCCUCACAAACUCCGAGAACCAGGGCAUGAGGCGGGUAGUGCCGAUCUCCAGGACCAACCGAGGUGCUCCGUCUCUGGGCAAUCGUCCUGAGAAACCUCCUGGUCACCAGCGGGGCUCCUCCGGUCUGACCGCCUCCAACCUCAACACCGCCUCCGUCAGGAGAGGGGAGAGGCCGUCGACCGCGCCUUCGUCCCGCCGAUCCAGCAUCCAGAAGGCGCCGGACCCGAAGGAUCCAAAGGACCAGAAGGUUUCCGGUGUAUCUGCCCGAGAGCUGAACCACGACUUGCAGAGGAAGCCGUCCAUCCGGAAGCCGUUAGCGAAACCGAAACCCCAACCGGAGGAGAAGAUGUGUCGGUCCCAGCUGAGGGCGAUGUCCCUGGGCGGCGGCGGCGGCGGCGGCAGCGCCAGUGCGCCUGUGACUCCUUCGCACAAAGUCGCCUCAUCAUCAUCAUCUCCGCUUCCAGGUUUCGCCCGGAGCACGGCUUCUUCUUCUUUCAGACGAACCCUCGUUCCUCCUCACUCGCCCCACGCUGGCUCGGAAUCUUCCCCUAAAUGUUCCCCCAAAACUGGCGCCACCGCCGCCGCCACCGCCUCCGCCACCGCCUCCGCCACCACCUCGCCAUUCACCAGAACAGGCUCAAUGAGAGUCUCCGCCUCCUCCAAACCCUCAGAUCCCUCCUCCUCUUCGUCCCCGCUGAGGAGGACUCAAAGCAUCAGGGCACCUCCUCCUCGCUCACCGCUCCACGACCCGCCGGCUCCCACUAAAGGCCACCGCCGGAACGACAGCGGGACCUUCUCCGACAAGUCGUCCCACUCCAAGGACUCGAGCAAGUCCGCCCGGCCGAGCUGGAGAUAACAGGAGGAGUCCGAGGCCGCAUCCCAACGUGGAGUCCAAUGCUGUGUUCACACCAAAUGUUCCCAUCUGCGAUAAUUUCUGUUUAUUUGUGGAUGUAUUUGUGCAAAAACUUUUCUUUCGGUUAUCAACUGUGGCCGAAAGUCCAAGAAGAGAUUAUAGUCAGGCGGCUUAGCCAAAUAAAG